UGCCGAUCGCUAUGUAUGCGGGAGGGGGCCUCGUAUAAAAGGAACUCUCACUGUCCUCCAGGAACACAGACGGAAUCGAGAGGAGAGAUAGCGAGUACUGGUCGCCAGCAGCGCUAUUCAGAUUGCAGUACCAUUCCAAGUACAGUACACGCCAAGUACCUACCCGUCACCAUGAACCGUCUGAUCAUCCUCGUGGCUCUGGCCUGCUCGUGCAGCGCUGGAUACUCCGGAUCACCGGCCUACGGAGGCCACGGUGUCGGACCUGCGUCAGGAGCUGUGCAGUACGCACCACCAGCACCGGUCGGUGAAGAUGGGAGCGUGAUCGACACCCCCGAGGUGGCGCAGGCCAAAGCGGCUCACUUCGCGGAGUACGCGAGGGCCGCGGCUCGUGCCGCCGAGGAGAAGGCCCACCAGGGCAGCCAGGGUGGCUACGCUCCCCAGGGUCUCGGUUCCUACGCCGCUGGCCCGACACCCGCCCCCUACUCCCGGCCAGUUUACGCCAGCCCUGCCCCCGUCUACGCGAGUCCUGCACCCUCCUACGCCGCCCCCGCACCCCAGGCCUACUCUGCGCCCCAGCAGUACAACGCCCCCACUUACUCGGCCCCCAAGGCCUACAACGCCCCGGCCACCAAGGCCGCUUUCGUCCCUGCGCCCCUCGCUGAGGAUGGAACCGUGAUCGACACCCCGGAGGUUGCCGCCCUGAAAUCUGCCCGUCUGGCUCAGCUCGCCGAGGCCGAGGCACGCGCCUACAAAUAUGGUGGAGCCGAGGACUACAAUGGCCAGGAAUACGCAGCCGCUCCCCAAAGGUACAGCGCCCCAGCAGCCCCCCAGUACAACUCCGCCCCCAACGUGAGGUCCUACGCAGGACCCGGAUCCUACUCUCAGGGUGCCCGAGGCUACGCCGCAGCUCCAGCAGCCUCUUCUCCGAUCCGUUACGACGCCCCAGCUCCGACUGACAGGGACGGACGCGUCGUCGAGACACCGGAAGUGGCUCAGGCCACAGCAGCUCACCUGGCAGCUCACGCUGCGGCGACCUCGUACCAGCCCCAACAAGCUUCUUACCAGCCCCAGCAGGCCUACCAGCAGCCACAGAGGGCCUUCCAACCGGCCCAGGGAUACCAACCACACUGGUACAUCGCGGCCCGUUGCAGCUACUCACGUCUGAGAUCUAAUGGCUGUGAUUCGUCAGAAGCCUAUCCAUCGACUGGAGGUUGUGAAGGAUACGAUGGAAGGCAGCCGACUGAAGUCCAGGCGAAGUCCGCCUCUUCAAAUACUGGCUUAAGAUUAUCGUGGUCCAGAUUUUUGGCGGAGGUGAUCGUCGUUUUCGGCGAUCAAUGGAUUUCUGAAACUCCUAGACAUGAAUAUAGACUCGUUAACGCCGUUGUCGGCAUGACCCAAACGUUAUACCCCGUUGUGCAACCAUUGCUUGUUGCCCGACGCAGUCGAAAAAAUUUUUAUUCAAAUCAGAGGCACAUGUGCGUGACCACAUGUGGAGCGUACCUGCGUGAAUUUUCGCAAUCUAAUGCAACGUUGCCCCUUGCUUGUGAAGUUGCAACAACAACAACUUCCAGGUUUUCGGGAAUACGAAUUAUUUUGAACGGCAACAACUUUAGAAUCGGUGGUAACGCCAACUUGAGUUGCUAUAAAAGCGACAGCUCUCUCGUUCCCAGCGCACUUCGAUCCGAUCCAAGUCCUAUAAGGUUUCACGUUUUGUGGUGUCUCAGUAACGCAGCGAUGAAAUUACUUGCGAUCUUCUCCAUCGCCGCUUCCCUCGUCGCAGCCACCCCUGGAUACCAGGUCGUCCCUUCCUCCGGAUACGGCUACCAGGGACCCUUCGCACCCUUGGCUCACGACGGAAGAGUCCUCGACACCCCCGAGGUGGCCCAGGCCAAGGCGGCCCAUCUGGCUGCUCACGCGGCCGCUGCUGCGAGGGCCUCUCGACGACACCAGAUCUACGAUCAAGGCCCCGUUUACGACUAUAACGAGGAGCCCAACGCCUACGAGGCCGCUGCCGCGUACUCCGCACCCCAUUCUCAGAGCUACCAUGGACCACCAGCUCCUCUGGCCCAUGAUGGACGCGUCGUUGACACACCUGAGGUCGCCCACGCGAGGGCCACUCAUCUGGCCGCCCACGCUCGAGCAGCAUCCAUAGUCAGCCAGUACGGCGGAUACGAAGACGAGGGUGGAUACAGAGGCAGGACGACGGAAGGACACGCGGGAUACGCAACGCCGGUCCGGGUUUCCUACACGCAUUCCGCCCCCGUCGGAUACCAAGGACCACCGGCGCCUCUGGAUCACGAAGGGCGAGUGAUCGACACGCCGGAAGUUGCUCAAGCCAAAGCUGCGCACCUCCAAGCCUACGCAAAGGCCGCAGCGCUGGCUGCCCAGCAGAGUUAUUCCGCGGCGGAAGGGCCGUCCGAUGACCAUUCUUUGAAGGAAGGACCAUCCUACGAGGAGAACUAUUAUUACUGACGUUAAAAACGGGGUUUCUUUCUCGUUUUAAGAUUCGCGUUGGACUUUCCGUAACAUCUUGUUCGCCAACUUUUGAAGCUACGGAGAGUCUAACGAACUUGGAAUUCGUCCAGGACACUGCCAUGGUCGGUGCGAAGGUCCGAUGUCCCUGGUUGUAACUAAACAGUCGUUCAAGCGAUUAAGAAUUUUCCAAAUUCUAUUCUCGUCUGGUUUUUUUCUCGACACUUUUCAUCUAUUUCACAAAUUAUGGAAAAAAAAUUCAUUCCAAAAUUAGAAACGUUAGUUGAGCUUGAUGUUCCCAUUGCAUAACUACUUUUCCAUUGGACUAUAAUUGGAAAUAUUUAAUUGGCUUUUUCAUUGCGUUUUUAUCGAUCCAGUCCGACCGAAUCUCAUCGCAUUAAUUUGUUGUAUCUUUUCUCGGAUCGCUUCACUCAGGUACGCGACGGUAAAAUCUCAUUGAUAUGGCCUCUCAUGAAAAGGAAGAGAAGAAUCGGGUUUCACCAAAUCACUUAAACACGUACAGUCCAAUGAAAGCGAAUUGAUGAUCAAAUCGAGAACCGUGACUUCAUCGCUCGUAUUUUACAGUCCUUUUCUUAUCACGGUUUUUGUUCUCGUUUCGUUAUUUCCUCCAACCAUGGAUAUCGAUCGUUCCCUUUUUUCCGGCGCGCGGCUCGAUCACGACUUACCGCCGAAAUGUCUUCGCCACUAAUUUUUCUACACUUAGAUAUAAUAAUUGUAUAAUUUACGUGUACGUACGUUUGUCCUUUGAUAAAUUAUAAUAUGUUACUAUAUUAUCA